AUGACUGACUUAGAGUACCACAAUGCACUCACAAAGAUGGUAAAUGUAGACUACACAGAACGGGAGCUGCCUGAAACAGAGACGAAAGAAGUGCUAGAGCUGAUGUCGCUUCCUGAUGAUGAAAACUACCCAAGAACUACAACUACUUCUGCACAGUCCUUUCUUCCCUUUGCCACUUACUCCCCUGUACCCCGGGUAACAGCUAAUCCCCUCUGCUCCCGGCAGUGCUGGGCCGCUGGGCUGGGAGGCCCGGCCCGCUGCUGGAGAGGGCAGGGAGGGGAAGGGGAGACAAGGAGGGGGGAUUACCUGAGCAAAUCGGCGUCUGAAUCCAACGAGAAUCCGAGUGAGGGGGAGAGAAAUCCGCCCCCCUCCCUCCUCAGAGGAGCCGCCGCCGCCGCUGGGCCGCCGCCGCCGCCGCGGAGCAAGAGGAGGAGGGGAGAUAAUAUAACAACAAUAAUCCGGGCCGGGAGGGGGGCUGGCUCCUCUUCCGUCUCCUCCUCAGUGCAGCGAACAUGUAGAGCCGGGGGGUGUGCGGCCGAGGCAAAUCCCUUCCCCCCGAGCCUCCUUCACAACAUCAACACGGGCCGGGCCGCGCCGAACCGGUUCCGAGCCGCGCUCCGGGCGGGGGGGAGCGGGGGGUGGCCGGGGGGCAGCGCUGCCAAGGGGCCGCCGCCGCCGCCGCUCCCUCCGAGAGUGCGAGCGCAGGAGAGCGGGGAGGGGCGGCCUGGGCACGAACAAAAUGCCGACCGGAAGUGCAGCGGCAGGAAUGACUCCCUCCACCGGCGCCAAACACCAGCAGCCUCCCCCUUCCCUUCCCUUCCCUCCGCUGCCUCCUCCUUGCCCGAUCGCUCUCUCGCUCCACCAGCGCCGCUUCCGCCGCCGCAGCUGGAGUGGCUCCCUCGCCUCGCCCGGCGGAGCCUCCGCUGCGUGGCUCUUCUCCCCCUCCCCACCCCUCCGGCUGCCGCACGAGUUUCUCUUUCCUUUUUUUUCUUUUCUUUACUUCCCCCCCCCCCCCCCCCCCCCCCCGUGCUGCGCGGAACGAGACCGAAGUUUAAGCUUAAGCCUGCCCUGAGAGGAUUUGUGAAGAAAGGACCGUCGGAAAAAACCCACACGUUUUGGUGAUUAUUUUUUGUCUUGCCUAAGGAUGGUGGGGAGGAGGAGGAGGAGGACUGCAAAAUGCCGCUCGCAGGAGGCAGACCUGGAAAGGCGCCUUAAAAUGAAUCCUCAAAGGCGGCAGCCCCAGCGGGUGGGACACUCGUCCGAGUUACUAUCGCCGCUCAUGUCUGUCUUUGUGGAUGUGAGAGGCCGCGCCGCAGGAACCGAAACACCCGCGGCUGAAAGCGUUGCCGGGGCGAGGAUUUCCAGGUGGACAUACCGAACGGGACUGGCUUUCAAAAACAACCUUUUUGGACGGGGACAAUAUUGAUGUUCAGGUGAAAUGUCCUUCGCUGGAGGCUGAUGCUCCACCGCCACCAGAUUUGCGGGAAAUAUUUUAAUUGUGUGUUGUGAAGGAGUGUUUGCAGAAAGAGAAUGUCCUAAUAUGAAAGACUUUAUGGUGUUCCGCUGUACAGGUAAAACUGAAUAAUGAUAGCACAGGAUAAAAAUGAAGGAGCAUUUAUAUCCGAUUAAUUAACUAUAUCUUUUAGUACUCACUUAAUGUCGUUUUGCUGCUCAGUACUUGGACAAAAAUCCCUUCAUUUCUAGAGGAAGCAUUGCUUGUCUGUCGACUUCAGGAUUCAGCUGGACACAGCUGUUAAUACCCUGUGACAUAUAAACACACCCUUUCAGCGCUGGAUGGAUGUUAUUUGCACAAAGGGAUAAUAUCUUACACCAAUGCACUUGAAUCUUUCCAACGCUUGGGAUUUUCAGAAUAGCGCUCUGUUUUUAGAACAGAUUUUAAAUGCCUCUCAAGCUUAAACUGCUACUAAAUUCUUAAUUUUGGAUGAAUCAAAGUUCAUUUUACAAGCAUAUGUGUUUUUGUUUGAGAGUACAUAAAUGAAUAUGGCACUAGAGAAUAUAGUAAUUAAGUACCAGAAAUACUAAUAUCUACUGGCUCAUAUUAAUGGAGAUAGAGUAAACUGAGCUCUGAAAAAAAUCUAUUCCAUACCUUUGUUCCUGUUAAUAUAAAAGGCUCCAAUCUUAUAAUCGUUUAUGCAUUUACAACUUGAAGUUAUCCAUGUGAAAUAAAGGGAAAUAGUUGGUUUGCAAAUGAAGUGUGUGUGUUCUUAGGUCUUUGCACUUAAUUUAAUAUGUUGCAACUCUGUAACUCAAGGGGGAAACUAUUUACCUUCUCUUGGUAACAAAUUAAAUUUAAUGCACUACCUAUCUGGAGUUCACAUACCCCUAUAUGUUUGUAUUUAUAUAUCUAUGAAUUCUCAGGAAAAUGUAAUUCUAAAAUUAAAAAGUUAGCCCAGGAAUACUACUUGAAUCUACUUCUAACUGAUUGUUACCAAUUCAUGUUGAUGGAGUCUUUCUGUGAUUUUAGUAAUUUAUUUAUAUAAUUAUUUUUUCUCAAUUGGUAAAUUAAUAUGUAAAUAAAAUAUAAAUACUAAAAUUUUAAUUUUAAAAUGCCAAACAUGAUUUAGACAGUACAAACAUUAUGGUAACUAAGAGACGACACCUAUUUGACUACAGUUUCAGUGAGAGUGUCACUGGACCAUUUUAUGCUUUAUAAUACUGUUCAACUACAAGAAUUUGUAGAGAUGGCUAUUUUAUCUGAGUACUAUGUUGUAUUAUCUACACAUGAAAACAACUCAUUCAAACCACUAGUUCUUUUAAAAGGUCAUGUGUGACACAUAUGGGCAAAUCAGGAUUGUUUUUUCCUUAAAGAAAAUUAAAUAUUUUUUAUUCCAUUAGAUAUUACUCUAAUCUACCUUUUAAAAUGAAAGAUCAAAUUCUUUGACUGCAUUUACACAAGUGGCUCCUUUUAUUUCUCUUCAAAAGCCCACUCACAGCAAUUUAUUGCAGAAUGGAGGCUCACUGUGUUCCUAAAAAUACUUCAGUAUGCACAGGGUUCAUCUCAUUAUGCCUGAAAUGGCCAGAAAAAGUGAUAAAUCAAGUAUUUCAGAUUACCUGAAAACUCUUGUAAGAUCCUUUAAAAACCUUAUUUCUGCUCCAGGCCUUAGUCAUGGGGUGGGGAUAGUCCUAAUCUAUAUGGGAGGAGCUAUGCAGUCAUGCAGCCCUGACUGUGGCACACAGAGGAGCACACGCUGCCUGAACAAAGCUGGUCGCAGUGUGGAGGAGGGCAGAGCUCCCUGAAUUCCCCUGACAAAUCCACAUCUAUAUAGUCCAGAAAAUGAACUGCAAGUUUCAGGGUUAAGCUUUAGAACCUAAUCCUGCUCCUUUUGAUGUCAAGGGAGAAUGUGCCUUUUGCCCCAAACCAAUGACUGUGCUCCCAUAAAUUUAAGCUGUUUACACAGUCUGUUAUUCGGAAAUUGGCUUCUUGUUCUUCAAAGAGUAUUCUAAUUCAAAAGGCAGAAAUUAAAAACUGUUUUUAAAACAUAUUUCUCAAACAAUUUUCACAAAAUAUAUGGAAAGCUGUAGGUAUGCCUCUUGCUGCUGUUUACAACUGCAUACUGAGAUAAGCUUUCCAGAUGCAAAGAUAAUAUUUGUUGAAAUUAGAGAAGAGACCUCUUUGCUCUCUUCAUUCCGAUGUUAAACUUCCCUGACUGCUACAUGUUGUUAUUCAGCUUCAUAAAUUAUGGACAGCAUGUAAUACUGGAGUAAAAAUACAACUUUUACUUAGAUAUGAUUGUUUUCUUAGAUGUUAUUGUUGUAAUUUGAUUUUUUUUUUUCUGUAAAAUGUAUUGUGCUUUUCCAUUUCUAUUUCUUUAAGGGCCAUUAUAACACUCAGGUACCUGUCAUUUUAAGUUGUUAAUGGGAUACUCAAACAUUGUUAUCUUUACAUUUUAGUAAUUUACAGGUAGGAUGUAUUUCCAGAUAGAUUUUUGAAAUAAAUGACAUGUCAGUAAAAUAGUUAUAAAAUUAAGAUUGUAUAUUUUUUAUAUUUUCUCAAUAAAAAGUGGGAGCUUGUUAUCUGAAGGUAAUACAGUAAUGCAAUCAUUAGCCAUCAUCCUAAAUUUAAGUAUUCAAAUUAUUUAGAAUCUGGUGUUAAGGCUGGACCACAACAGUGCACAGGAAGAAUGUAAUAAUGUAUUCUGUAUGACAACUAAUAUAGUUAUGUUCUUUGCAUUGACUUUAGUUCACAGGAGCAAAUAAUAGCACCAUGUAAUUGAUUAACUGGAAAAUAUUCAUUGUGCAAAGUAAGCAACCUAUACAUGAGGCCUCCAGUGGUACAGGUUAAAUAAUAAGCCAAGGAAGCUGGGAGACUGAGAAGUAAAAUAUUUGUCCUCUGACUUGCUGUAAGCUUACAACUUCAUGGGGACUACUGAUUUAGGGGUUUUUUCCUGACAAGCCAGGUGGAGGUAAUUUUUUUCCUUCUUCUAAUUAUUUAGCUUAAUUUACUAAAAAAAGUUUAAUAUGAAAUUAAAUAAUACUUUCUCAUUUUUUCUAAAUGACAAACUUGCAUUAUCUCUACCGUGUUAAGAAUGUGCUUCUAUUUGUAUAGGAUAUGAAUUUUAUGGCAGGUAUAUCUAUUAAAAUGUAUAAUUGUUUCCAUGGGGAACAAAAGACAGAAGACAAAACUUUUGUACUUUCACUUGAAUGUUGAAGUAAGCUCUUGAUUAUGCAAGGAACUAAGGACUCUGAAUAAAGUUAAUGUAAAACACAUAAUUCAGACUAUAAAACAUACAUAAUAAAUAAAAUACAGUGAUAGACUGCUGGACAAGUAGACUGUCCUGGUAUUGUUACGUUAGGGCCAUAAGAACAGACCUAACAAGUUAAAUCCCUUAAUUUUGUAGGGAAGAUAAAUGAUCAGUUACAUACUGUCAUAGCAAGCAAUCUGAAAUCUGGCCAAAGAUGCUCCUUAGGCUCUUUCCUGUGGAUUCACCAUUGCUGAAUUUCAGAAAGGAAGAAGGUAUCAUUCCAGUAUUGCAUGUUAGCUACAUAAGAAAUCCUGUGCAAUUUCACAUAAGGGGGCUGUUGAGGGCCACUGUGGAUAAUUUUAAGAGAUAAAUAUAAAAACAUUCAGGCUUUUUUUAUUCUCCACUUUUUAAGAUGUAAAGCUAAAUCAAUACAGAGCUUCACAAGCCAGCAAGUAAAUGUGGACAUUCAUCUUCUGGUAAAGGACAGAAGCUGAAAAUUAAGGACCAUUGUAUUCAGCACAAGAUGAAAGUCAUACUUGCAUGGAUUAAAGUAAUCUGAGAAUAUUAUAACAUGCUUCAGAUGCCUUGCCACUCCAUUUUUAAUGAACUUGCCAGUAAAGAGAAUACAUAAGACACAGAUAAGCUUAUCUAUAUCAUGUAGGUUAAAAAAGCUUCUUGGGCUCAGGCCUUUAAAAACUGCUUCUUUGGAAGAAAGCAGAACUUUUCUGUUCUUCGGAUACUGAAGUGUUAACUACCUCAGCCAAAAGAUUCAAUAGCUACAUAUAAAAGAACAGGUUAAACAUGCCUGGGACUGUUCUCUGGCAUUAGGGCUGGUAACCACAUAAUGUUUUAUCCUUGUAUUAUUAAACCCUUCUAUUCUUCAGAACAGGAUAGUCACAUGCAUGUAUUGGGAAUGGUUCCUGACUCACACUAACUUCUAAACUGUGCACAGGAAUUGUUUAGGAAAGUGCUAACUGCCAUGCUUUAAGCCUGUGCCAAGGUUAGUUUGAACACUUUAGAACACAAUUUUUAGACAAAUUAUUUCCAAUGUCCAUGCACGUUUCAUUUACAUUGCAUUUUACAAACACACCUCUGGCAAUCUCCUGGAAUUGAUUAGCCAAAAGAAAGGUAAGAAGAAACUGUGGUCCGCCAUCUAGAGAUAAAUCACAUUCAUAUUUCCAAUUAUUUCUUUAUUGAAGCAAUUAAUUACCUGAUUUUUUAUCCAGAAACCUGACAAAAGAGAGUUGAUUGAAAUUUGGCUAUCGUUAGAUGUUUGUUCAUGUGAAGUGAAGCCAUUUUAAAAAGUCAUACACACUGUAAACUGCAACAGAUGUCCCUUUUUAUUUUAGACAUCCUGUGGCCCUUAUGAAAGGAUGUUACAGUGAGAACAGGAAAACACACAUUGUGCAAGAAAUGAAAUAAAGGCAAGCAACUUUUGCACUUAUGGUUGUAAACAUCAAUUUGUAAUGAAAAUUACUUCUAAAGUGUAAUUUAUUGAUUUUAAGAUAAGAAUGGGAAAGGAGUAAGGAUAAAUGAACAUCAUUGGUGAUUUUCUGAA